CGCCCGCGGAUCCUAGCGAACGCAGCAUUGAUCGACGCACAGCCAAGAGGAAAGAAGAGCUUCCGCACAUGUCUAUGUACGCGGUACUCGGCACCACAGGCAACACAGGGCAAUGCCUGCUCGAAGUCCUUCUGCAGAACCCUGGAACUAAAGUCAACGCAUACUGCCGCUCAAAAGAGAAGCUGCUCGACCAGUCGUCUGCGGCGAUCAAGGACGGUACGAUCCGCAUCUUCGAAGGGUCUCUGGGGGACAUUGACCUCCUGACCGAGUGUCUACGUGGUACGCGUGCUGCCUUCCUAGUCGUUGCUGGAACGGGAAAUAUGUCUGGCUGUUGCAUCGCUCGGGAGACCGCGCAACAUGCUUUGACCGCCGUCAAACGCCUGAAAGUGCAAGAUGAGCCCUUGCCCAAGCUCAUUCUCCUUUCCUCGGCGUCUCUGGACCAUGCAUUGAUGCCCAAUGCGCCUCGAUUCUUGCUCAAGAUUCUCUGGGCCGCCUUUUCCAACAGGUAUGAGGAUAUUCGCCAGGCCGAGGAUCUUUUUCGCGCCCAGCACGAUCUCGUCAGUUCGACUUUUGUGCGGCCUGGCGCUCUAUCGCACGACACGCAGAAGGGGCACUGGUUGAGCACCAAGGUUGCCAAGGGACCAUUGUCGUACAUGGAUCUGGCGGCUGGGAUGAUUGAAAUUGCCCAGGACGAUCGGUUCGACAUGAAAGCCGUCGCAGUGAAUCCGCGAGACAAAAAUGUGGCCUUUCCCUGGCAGGCGCCAAUGAUGUUGAUAAAAGGCCUUAUUGUUCACUUUCUGCCCUGGACCUACUACUACCUCCAAUAAAUGCAACAGUCGUCCUGAUCACAAAUUCAACAUCUUCAUACCAUGAACCUGCAAAAGUCCAAGAUAGUCGAGUCUCGAACUCUCCAAAUUGACGACAA